AAUCAUAUUAUCACAACCUGUGAAACGUUUAGUUUGACACGUGUGUAAUAGUUUCUCACGUGCGAACCGGUGAAGAGAGGUUUGGCUAAUCGUAGGAGGUUUGACCUGAGAUCACAACCUAAUCAGUCUCUCUACUCCGAUUCACCAAUCACGAUGUGGAGAAGAAUCGUCUCUUCCGGUCUCAAAACUCUAGCUGCCGAUGUGGCCGUCGCUUCGCCUUCUCGUCGAUGGAUAGCCGGCUCCGCCAGACCCGUCGGCUUCUACCUCACUGCCGGUCGAUCUUCCGCCUCCUUCAUCACUCGUCAUUUCAGCUCGGAACCAGGGACCACCCCUGCAACGAAGAAGGUGGAGGAUGUAAUGCCCAUUGCCACUGGUCAUGAGAAGGAAGAGCUUGAAGCUGAACUCGAGGGGAGGAGGCUGCUUGACAUUGACUUCCCCGAAGGUCCUUUUGGAACUAAGGAAGCUCCUGCUAUUGUGAAGUCCUACUAUGACAAGCGGAUUGUGGGAUGCCCUGGUGGUGAAGGCGAGGAGGAGCACGAUGUUGUGUGGUUCUGGCUGGAGAAAGGAAAGUCUUUUGAAUGUCCGGUUUGCACUCAGUACUUCGAGCUGGAAGUGGUUGGUCCUGGUGGUCCUCCCGAUGGUCACGGUGAUGAAGACGAUGAGCACCAUCACUGAGAGACAAAUAUUUUGUUUUGAGUUUUUUUUUUUUCUUUCAAAUGUUCCACAUUUCUUUGUUGGAAUAAACAAAUGUUUUUGGAUCCUUUUGAAACAACACUCAGGCAUCGGAGUUUAUAAAAUGCCAAAACUCUUAUGACCGUGGUUUCCCCUUUUGUAACAACUCUUGAAUCUGAAUCGGUCUUGCCUUUUUAGCAGAAUGAAUGUUCAUACCCCCUC